AUGUUCAAUUAUCUUUUAGAGUUUCGUAAUCAAAAGCUUUUAGUUUAAGCCCUCUCUAAUAAAAUACAUGAAAUUGAAUAUUUUUAGAAGACUGGAAAGCCUUAUAAAUAUGGAAAUAAUGAAGAAUUCAUUAUAGACGGACAACAACUAAUUGAAUUCUAUUUUUAUGACUAUAUGAUGCUUUAAGGGUAUUUAUUUUUACAUUAAAGUAGAUUUCCAAACGAAUAAAGUCAAUUAAAAAAGUCUAGUGACAUUAUUUAACUACGUUAGAGACUGAUAAAUGAUAAAUAUUUAUCAGAGAUGGCAAUCUUAUUAAAUCUAUAAAAUAUUAUCAACGUUGGAAACUAAAAAUCAUUAAAGUAUUUCUUACUAAUUAAUUAAUCUUAGAAACAAUCCAAAAAUAUUAUCGGAUUGUCUAAAAUCAAUCAUAGGAGCCCAUUACUAUGAUAAGUAAAAUGAUCUUGAAACUCUAAGAGAUCUUAUUCACCCAAUUAUUGUUCAAUUAUUGAAUAAGUAUUGAACAAAAAUAUUUUUAGAGGAGAGUAAAUAGCUAAAGCUCAAUGGAAAUAUAAUCCCAAGUCAUCAUUUUUAGAAUACUUAAAUUCAUUAAAAGGAUAAUUAGAAAUAAACCCUAAAUUGACUAUUGA